AUGUCUGAUGGAAGAACUAAGUCGGCUACGAGGAAUGCCGUUCAACUCGUUCAACAGCUUAUUUCAAAUCCAGAUAUUAUUCCACCAUACAAUAACGAACUUAUGAAGAAAUGUAUUCAACAGAUUAAUGAUCUCUACCAGGAGAAUGCGAAUGAUGCCAUGGCUAUUCAUUCGGAGUGUGAGGACAAAACACAGCGCACUCAUAAUUUGUUGGCUCGUCAGAGUUGUAUUGAAUUUAUCAAAAGGUGCUGCUGUGCAUACAUAAAUAAACGUAUGGAACGGCUCAAAGCAGAACGGUGGAAGCGCGCGGGUAAUAUACCGCAGUCAAUUAAAGCGAACUUGUGCGCUGCUGAGAUUCAGUGGCUGAAAGACUACGAACUAAACUUAGCAAAGUUCCAAGAAGAGUUUGGCGAUGAGGAUACUGUUUUAAAUCUCAUGACAAACAUUAAACCUGCCAAGUCUUUGUUUGUACAGGUGCAAGCGGUUGAAGACUACGGUGAAUUUGAACUUUCUGAUGGGUCAGUUGUAGUCCUGAAAAAAAAUUCAUUGCACUCGUUGCCACGAUGUGAUUGCGAGAUGUUGCUGAAACAAGGGAUCCUUGAAUUUGCUAACAAAUGA